ACUUUUAAAGUCGAAAUUGGAAAGGAAAGUUGCGAAUAUGUCGAAAAUAGAAUUCCGUCGUGGUGCGAUCGAGUGCUUUGGAAAACGGAGAACUGCCACUUUGCUGAGACGCAGAAGUAUAACUCUUAUGAAAUUUUCACGAGCGACCACAAACCUGUUUCUUCACUGAUUACAUUAGACCUUCACAGAGUGAAUAAAGAGAGAUGUGAUGAAGUUAUACAGUACAGAGCUGAAAGUGAGAAGCGAUACAAAGAAAUUACAGUUGCGAAAGUCGUUUCAGAACCAAGUGAAAUUCAAUUUGAAGAUGUUGAGUUAUUUACGACAUAUACUCAGACAGUUACACUUAAGAACGUUGGUAAGUUUCGUGUUGUGUAUGAGAUAGAAGGAUGUGAAUAUUGUGAAUAUAACCAAGAUUGGCUUACAAUCAGUCCGUGUAGUGGAGUGUUGGACGUUUUUGAAGGGAAAAAUUCAGUGGUGUUAAAGUUGUCAGUUUGUAUUGACAAGAGCAUAGCUUGGAUGAAUCAAGACCGAAACAAGCUCUUGAAAAAGAUAUAUGUAAGUCUUGGUGAAGAGGAAAAGAUAUCGUUUGUAGUGCGUGUAAAAACGAAGGUGAGUGUUAUUGGGAUGCGUCUUGAAAGCUUAAACCGCAUGCCAAAACCAUUAAUUGGUAACCUAAUACAUGAGAUGAACAAACCCCCAUUUUUUAUACCAAAGGAAUUGUACAGAAUUGUCGAUAGAAUCCUGAAGAAAUAUUCAAAAGGAUGCUUUGAGGAGACACCCCUUUGUAUGUAUUCUAAGAAACAAAUGAGCCAAUUUGUCAAUGCGCUCGACACUGAAAAUGAAUUCCCAGAAGGACCCGUCCAGUUGUUUUGUGAUGGUCUGUUAUUGUUUUUGUCUGGAUUGCAUGACUCCGUGUUGCAUUGUGACGGGAGUCAAUAUAGUGAAGAAGUGAGUGUAAAGUGUCUAAUAACACAUGUGAAAUAUAUUAUACCCGAUGACAACAGAAAUUUGUUUGUCUAUUUGUGUUCGUUCGCGCAAAAAAUGGUGGAACUUGGAGAGGAAGUCGGGACCAUUGUAAGGAGAAUUACACCACCCCUAUUUAGAUGUUACAACAAACAAAAAGCUCUGCCAUUUUUAAAUUUCUUCUUCAAAAUUAUAACGGAUGGACUGAGUGUGUCAUUCAACGCAAACAAUGAUUUGUUGAUUUAA